GCUCAUGACAACACCGACUGUCACGGCCUUCCUAUCAAAAUUGUCGGCAAAAACUCCAGAAAAGAAUCCAGUAUCUGUAGCUGGCAAAUACGUCCUUUAUGUGCUGCAACCGGGAGCAACAGCAGCAUGGCAGAUGACAAGGAUGUGCUGAGAGAUGUGUGGUUCGGCCGGAUUCCCACCUGCUUCACCCUUAACCAAGAUGAGGUCACCGAGAGGGAGGCAGAACCCUUCUUUCUGCUUUUGCCUCGGGUGAGCUACCUGACCCUGGUCACAGACAAGGUGAAGAAACACUUCCUGAAGGUGAUGAAGGCCGAGGACGUAGAGGAGAUGUGGUUCGAGUACGAGGGCACGCCACUCAAAUGGCAUUAUCCAAUCGGAGUGCUGUUUGACUUCCACGCCUCCAACACUGCUCUGCCAUGGAGUAUCACUGUGCACUUUAAGAGCUUUCCAGAGCGGGACCUGCUGCAUUGCCCGUCCAACUCUGUGAUCGAGGCCCACUUCAUGUCCAGCAUCAAAGAGGCAGAUGCCCUGAAACACAAGAGUCAGGUGAUCAACGACAUGCAGAAGAAAGACCACAAACAGCUUUGGAUGGGGCUGCAGAAUGAUAAGUUUGAUCAGUUCUGGGCAAUGAACAGGAAGUUGAUGGAGUAUCCCAAUGAGGAUGGAGGCUUCAGAUUCAUCCCCUUCAGGAUAUACCAGGCGAUGAGUGACAGACCGUUUAUCCAGAAACUGUUUCGCCCUGUUUCGCCCGAGGGCCACACACACACACUGGGCGACUUGCUGAAGGAGAUGUACCCAGCUGCUAUAGCACACGACGAUGAGUCCAAGCAUUACCAGGUGAUAAUUCAUGGGAUUGAGCCCUUGCUGGAGACGCCCCUGCAGUGGCUCAGUGAGCACCUAAGCCACCCUGAUAACUUCCUGCACAUCUGCAUUGUCCCCGUCCCCACUGACUGAUACCACGGCCAUCUCCCCUACGUCCACCACAGCCGCCUCGAGAGAGAGAGACACAGACGGAGACACAGAGAUGGAGAGAGGAGUGAUGUCACCCAUUUCACAUGAUCACGCCAGGCUUCAUCACCACUGCUGUAUCUGCCAAGCAUGAUGGGACAUCGGGUUUACAAUGUUGAGUCAGGACCCGGGACCGUCGUGGUGUGCUGUGGUGUUUGUGUUUGUGUGUACACACGUUGUGUGCAUGAUGUGUAUGGUAACACAUUCCAGCCUGAGACAUGUUGAUGAAGCGCCUUCAUCUCUUUGACACACCUGUUUAAUGGGAUUUCCCCUAAGCUGCUUCAGAUGCUUCCUUUUGUUAAAAAAAAACAGAGGAGAGGUCAGGACCAGAGCGAGACGGAGAGAUAACACACGAAGAAGACCAAACCAACUCUCUUUGUGUCUACCAGCGAAAGAAAUGGUUAGAAAGACCACCACGUGAUGGCUGCUUAGUUGACCGGCUGAUAGACUGAUAUAAACAGCUACAGCCCAACAUUUACCAGCAAGUGGGACGGAAACAUUCAUGUAGAAUAAGAUAUAUUUUAAUUAGCUUUUAGUUUGUACUGACAAAAAAAAAAGGUUCUUGGCUGACUUCUGAUAACACCUACAAACCUACUAAUACUAUGGACUGCUACCUGUUAUUACCCCCGGUGCAGACUCAUACCAUUACUUCACAGUUAGUGGAACAACACGUGAUUGUGACGCAAUCACAUUUUUUACUUUCAUGAGCUCCAACAUCCCGCUCUGUGUGUUAAAUGGUCAGAACUUCAGAUUCCUGUCGUUAGCAGUCAUGUAAACGUGGGUUUUGCAUGCGUGCACACAUUUAAAGUUGAAAAACUGUGCAUGGCCUAUCCAGCAGAGACGUUGUUACGCUAUGGGUGCAUAGUUUUGGACAUUGACUGGUUCACGGUCAUAUUAAGAUGGACCGUCUGGUGUUAAAUCACUUCAGAUGGCCAUUUCAAAUGGAUUUGUUUCAAUUCUGUUGCCUAGGACAAAGUAUCGUCAGAAAAUACGACUACGCUAUCUGCAUUUAAUGGUCGAUCUCCCAUAUAACGUCCCUCACUAUCCAGAGUGGGGCUACACAUCCACAAUAUGUCCAGUUGUCAUUGGUUGUGUGUCCAUUGUGUAGUUGCAGCUAUGUUUGUUAGUAAGUGCUGACGCAGUAGUAUUGUGUAAGUAUCGAUACAGGUUAAUGGGUUGUAGAAGUGUUACCGCGACUUGUUUGUGUCUCCAUACAGACUCCAAACACACCAGUCACUGAGCCAGUAAUAACUUUUAACUGCCCACUGAUUCACACCAGAUUCCGCGAAACCUCGCUCUCGCUCUCUCUCUCUCUCCCUCUCUUUGUCUCUGUCUCUUGCUAUCUUGAACUCCUCCCCUCUCUCUUUCGCUCACUCGCUCGUAUGCUGUUUUCCCUCGCGCUUCCCAUCGCUCUCUCUGACACACACACAUACACACACACACACUUACCAUCAACAGCAAACUAUGCCCUGAAACUAUGGCCAAUCCCCUACUGUCCUGCUUAAUUCCGCGAAACUACGCUGUCUCUCUCGCAUCACACACACACUAUUGUGCAUACACUAGUACUUAUACAUGCACUCGUUGCAGUCACACACACAUUAAAACAGGGUUGUUUGUUUCUGGUGUUGUCCAGAUGAUGGCAGUUUUUGUUGGGGGGGGGGGCUAGUAUCAGACAGCAGAGGAGAGAAGAAGCACAAUUAGCACAUGAGAGUGAUUAGUGAUGCAAAGGAAGAUAUGAGUGUAUCGCCCAAACCAAGAAUGACACAAACACACAAUAUCCAGAGAGCGGGAAGAGAGAGAGGGCAGACUCCAUAGUCUACUGCACACACACACACAACACACUUGGACAGAGAGGUAGGUGUGUGUGUGUGUGUGUGUGUGUAUAGGGUUUACUAACAUAAACAGGAUGACGCCAGAGGGAAGAAAACAAAAUAUGUAACAAAUUUUGCAACUUGACAAGGGGUAAAGGUGGCCGAGCAACAGACAGGCACAUAUAACAUGGUCGCAUCGUUGUCCAGAUGGACUUGUUUACAAGUACUGCAGUGCAGCAUCAGUUGUCUCCCCGACACCCACCGAUUUACCAGUAAGCUGACGAUUUUAACUUGACUUCUGCUGCUUGGGCCGUUUGGCGGCCAUCUUCUUGUGACGUCAUCGACCCGACUGUCCCCGAUAUGAAGCGGGCCCUCUCGUCAAGCGAAUCCCGUUUGGAUUUGGAAAGCGUCCAACACGUGCACCUAGAAAGUCGCCGCACCUGUCGAAUGUUACCUGGUGUUGUGUUGUUUUUGUAAGACGUCUGACGUGUUGAGAUCGGAAGGCUUGUUUUUUUCAGGGCGCACAUUGGAAAAAGUGUGGGUCUGUUUUUUCUUACCACAACUAAUCACUGUGUUUUUCUGGUUUUUGCCUAAUCAGCUUUAAUUGGUGGCUUUGUUUUCUUUCUCUGGUUUCCCCCCCCCCUCCAUUGUUACCAUGAUUUUUACUUCCUUACAAAUCUGUAAAAAUGUUUCUUUUUUCUGUGUCGCAUCAACAUUUAAUAAAGAUAUGAGUUUGUUUUCUACUCGGCUCACCUUGUGUGUCUGCAUUCAUGUUAAACGUGUGUUGCAGUAG